AUGGGUGUAAGGACGAGCAACGGCAAGAGCACCGUGAUCAAUGCCAUGCUCUGGGACAAGGUUCUGCCCUCCGGGAUCGGCCACACCACCAACUGCUUCCUGCGGGUUGAGGGCACAGACGGUCACGAGGCCUUCCUCCUCACAGAGGGCUCGGAGGAGAAGCGCAGCGUCAAGACUGUGAACCAGCUGGCCCAUGCCCUUCACCAGGACGAGCAGCUGCAUGCUGGCAGCCUGGUGAGUGUGAUGUGGCCCAACUCUAAGUGUCCGCUUCUGAAGGAUGACCUCGUGCUGAUGGACAGCCCUGGCAUUGAUGUCACCACGGAGCUGGACAGCUGGAUCGAUAAGUUCUGCCUGGACGCCGAUGUGUUUGUGCUGGUGGCCAACUCGGAGUCUACGCUGAUGCAGACGGAGAAGCAGUUCUUCCACAAGGUCAGUGAGCGCCUGUCCCGCCCAAACAUCUUCAUCCUGAACAACCGCUGGGACGCGUCUGCUUCGGAGCCUGAGUACAUGGAAGAGGUUGGUGGCUCUUUAUUCGUCAGUCUGGGGAGUGCCACCCUGUGUGUCUACCCAGGGGCUCUUCGUGGGCUCCCAGGCCACAUCAGGCCUGUGACAGAAUUCAUCACCGGAGGUUUCCCAAGUGUUCCUCCAAGGGCUCUGAGAGCACUCUCUUCACUUCCCCCGUCCACUACGCCCCCGCCCCGCUCCCUCUACUCUUCAGAAGGCUGCUGUCCAGGUCGGAACAGCGUCCCCACCGCAUCAGCCGCGUCCUUGUUUGAGGCUAGUGCUCGCUUCAGUUCAUAAAGAAUUAAUCAUUCUAGAAUAGGCUCAGCUUUUGGAAG